AUGAACGUCAACCGGAAGUUCGAUCGUUUCAAGCAAUGGGCUGGCGAGAGAAUGGGGGGUGAAGUUAAGACCAAUUUGUCAGAUGACUUCAAAGCCUUGGAAACGGAGAUGAACGUGCGCCACGAUGGUGUCGACCGCAUCCACAAGGCAACUGCUGCUUAUAUUAAGUCCAUUUCGAAGCGCAGCGAAGGCGAUGAUAAGGAGAAGACGCUGCCUAUCGCCCAUUUGGGUAGCAGCAUGGUUGGCCACGGUGAAGACUUUGAUGCAAACUCUGAGUAUGGACGUUCCAUGAUCAUGCUUGGUAGAGCGGAGGAGCGCUUGGCUCGCCUCCAGGAUGCCUACAUUUCCCAGGUGAAUGCAGGGCUGCUCGAGUCGCUCGAACACUCUUUAACCCAAUUGAAAGACUACCAGACUGCCCGCAAAAAGCUCGAUGGUCGCCGUCUGGCAUACGAUACAUCGCUUUCCAAAAUGGAGAAAGCGAAGAGGGAAGACUUCCGUGUGGAGGAGGAGUUGCGGACUCAGAAGGUCAAAUACGAAGAGGCCAACGAUGACGUUUGCCGAAGAAUGCAGGACAUUAAGGACUCGGAAGCCGAGGGCGUAAUCAAUCUGGAGGCGUUUUUGGAUGCUCAACUGAGCUACCACGCAAAAUGCCAGGAGGUGCUACUCCAGCUCAAGAGCGAGUGGCCUGGCAGACAACCUCUUUCCCAGACUCCUAAUGGCCGUCGCCCAGGCCGUCCCCGCUCCAACACCGCACACUCUUUCGCCGAUCGCUACGAGCCGUUGCACGAGGAGGAUCACAAUGGGGUGGAUGUUCGGCCGAUUAUUCGCUCCUCCCGGGCCACUUCGAUUGAACCGACGGGUAGAGAGGUCUAUCCGCCUGAUGCUUACUCGAGCCGGCCCGUACUGAGCAGGACCUCAACGUUUGAGGGCCCUACGCAAUUGCGCCAGGAUUCCACCUCCAGCCCGUAUCAGUGGCCGUCUCGGUCAGCCAGUGAGAACUACAUUGGCCGCCGAAACAGCAGUCAAACGCGCCCUGCCGGUAGAGGAUAUGCUGAUCCGUACAUGGAUCCGUCUGAGGAUGGCAGUCCACGCAGCGGCACUAGCCCAGAUCGAUCUUAUAUGGGACGCAACGAAUCGCCGGGGCCAUCCUAUGGCAGCGUAGUUACGAGAAGAUCCAGCUCGAACACCCUCAACAGCGCAUCAUUGCACAAGAAGGCCCCCCCACCCCCGCCCCCUCGCGCUAAGAAGCCCGCCCCUCCCCCACCCCCUAUGAAGAGGGUGAUCCCAAUUGGAGGUGACGCGUAG